GUUGGGUAUGACUUGAGUAAAGAAACACAUCCAAAUUACGCAAAGUAUUCCCAGAAAUUAGAGGAUGGAUGGAUUUUUGGUCGCAAAGUGGACAAUAGCGACACACAGCUUUCUGAGUUCCGAGAUAAUAUUCCUUCAUUAGCAUUGGGUUUAGUACUAUACUUGAUAUCAAGUCAUCUGUUCAGAAUUUUUUAUUCUUCAAGAUUUCCUGUAAAACUUGCCACGCAACCUCUUAAAAGAGCGUACUUUUUCUUGGGGUUCUCGGCAGCUUUCCUCUAUGUGCUGUUUGGUAAUAGUGUAAUCUUUAUUUUUACAAUAUUGAGCCUGAAUUACGCUAUAUCGAGAACCUUUCAAGGAUCCAUCGCCAAUCCCAUAAUCACUUGGAUAUUUAACCUUUCUGUGUUGUAUCUGAAUGAGACCUACAAAGGUUAUCACUUUAAGAGCAUUGACGAGCAUCUAGCAUUCUUGGAUCGAAAUCGAGGAUUAUUGGCUAGAUGGGAUGUCAACUUUAAUAUAAGCAUGCUGCGACUUGUGUCAUAUAACAUGGAUUAUUAUUGGUCAUUUUAUCCUCCACCAAACUCUCCCGAGAGGAAUGAUAGGGAUCUUGCACCUCUUACAGAAAAGGAUCGGAUUAAUACUUCAUGUUAUAAAGAGGAUUAUAAUUUUAUUUACUAUUUAAGUUAUGUUACAUAUACGCCUUUGUAUCUCGCCGGCCCUAUAAUCACCUACAACAACUUCAUCUCUCAACUAAGAUAUCCUCGGGAAAUUACACUCAAGGAUACAAUUUUAUACGGAAUCAGACUCCUGUUGGCAAUGCUUACCAUGGAAUUCAUGCUUCACUAUAUAUAUGCUGUUGCCAUCAGUAACUCAAAAGCAUGGGAAAAUGAUACACCUUUCGAAUUGGGUUUCAUUGGAAUAUUUAAUUUAUUGUAUGUUUGGUUAAAG